GUCUGCAAAUGUAAACUGUUCGUUUCUAUGGCGCCCUAGAUUUAGAAAUCUCAACUCUUUUCUGAAAAUUUGGCAUUAAAUGACUGCAAAUGACUAUGAGUGCGAAUGUGUUGAUCUUUGCUGCUUUGAUGCACCAACGUUGGUUGUUCUUCUCUUGCGGAGGAGACAUAGGCCAUGAAUGAAACGGAGAGGAACCAAAAAAGCCAGGGGAUAAUGUUUGCAAUAAUAAACCUGGAGGCCUGGCUGGCUGAAGAGGCUGCAAUUGUUCAAAAAUCAUCUAGUGAUCAGGAAAUCUAUUUACACGAAUGGUUGCAGAAGCUUGACGAGUAUCUCAACAGUUCACAAGUUACGAGAGGAGAACUUAAAAAGUGCCAUAAAAAGGUGUCAGACAUUCUUUUAAAGCAAAUAAGAUGCAGCUGCACCCCAGCAACAAGACAACAGUUGUCAAAAUGUAUGGCAUCAUUUUUCAACAAAGACACAUCAGAUUUAUUCAGUGCAGUUGAAAAAUGCAUUGAGAUCAUAAAGAGCAAAGAUGAUUCUCAACAGUACCUUCCAGUUAAACUAGCUGCUAUUUCCUGCUUAGGUGCCAUCUUUGAAAAGGCUGGUCGAAUGAUUGGGACAUUUUUUCCUGAUUCUCAACAAGCUUUAACAAGAUUCCUCAAGAUAGCUGAGUCUGAGGCUAAAUGUGAAAUUCUCAUGUGCUUUGAACGAAUGUUGAUUGGAUUGAUAAAUGCAGCAUCUUCAGGAUUUAAAGAUAUGCUCAAGGCUUGUAAAGUGUGCCUCACUGGCAAAUCAUGUGCUGUUAGAUGUGCCGCUGCCAAGUGUGCCUUGGAGCUUUCAAAGCAUGCGUCCAUUAUGUAUACGACAGAGCUUGACAACAUGGCAUCAUGUUGCAUCAAAGCGUUAGAAGGCUCUAAUUAUGACGUGCGGGUAUGUGUUGCAGAGCUUCUUGGGUCUUUGCUGGCUGCAUCGCAAAAGCCUGUAGCAGGGAAGGCCAAAAAAGACAGCUUGGAAGAGGUUUUCAGUAUAAUGAGUGCUGCGUUUCUUCGGGGUGGUGUGGGGUUUUUGAAAGGCGGCGGAGGAGAGUUGUUGAAAAGUGGAAUAUCUCAGGAUGUUAGAGUUGGAGUCACUCAGGCCUAUGUGGUGCUGUUUCGGGAACUGGGCACAGCUUGGCUUCAGAAGUACCUGCCUGCUGUUAUCAUCCAUGUACUGGAGCUUGUUGCCAGCCCGAAAGCAAUAGCCUCUCACAUUGAAGCGGUAUACUCUAGAAAAUGCACGUUUAUUUUGCACUCUGUUCUAUUUGGUAUGCUGCCCGAAGCUGGUCAAAUCCAUGCAUUGAAGGAGCUAUGCAAAAUAAUUUCCAAGCAGAUGAACCUAGUGCACCACAUAGUAACAAAUGAGCCUACAGCGGAUAGCACAAGCAAUGCUGACGUGAUCAACACUCAGCAUGUUUUAGUUUGUGCUCUCAACGAAGUUGCUAAUCUUGCACUUAGCCUUUCUUCGUCAGUUGAGGAGCUUUUAUCCGAAAAAGUGACAAACACUGUCCUGUCUGUGCUCAUCCAUCCAGCUCCUGCCGCCUGGCUGUCUGCUGCUUGGUGCAUGCGCUGCUGUGCCCUUGCAAUACCACGUAUGAUGACCAAGUUCAUAGACAUUUGUAUGAAGAAGAUGAGCUCCUUAAAGGCCUCAUCGGAUGCGUUAACCGGUUUUGGGCACACGCUAGCAGCGAUGAUUGGAGGACUGCAUCAAUGUCCGCUUGGGAUCCCGUACAAAAAGGCCAAGGCUCUGCUAAACCUUGCUGACGACAUGCUUCAAACUUCCACGCAAUCUGGUAAACUGGUGCAGAGCAGAGUUCAAACGGGAUGGGCAUUAAUCGGGUCUCUAAUGACGUUAGGCUCGUCGUUUACAAGGGGUAGCUUGUCAAGAUUAUUUCAACUGUGGAUUGGGUCAUUUCCUCAGUCCUCAAAAGAUAUAGAAACCGAAAAAAGUAAAGGAAAUGUUGCGACGUGGCAACUUACUCUAGAGAACAGGGCAGGAGCUCUAUCAGCAAUGGGUUCGUUUGUCAAGCACUGCGAAGCCCUUCUAACAACUGAAGUACUGAAAAAAAUCAUGUUUUGUGUUGAUAUGGCUAUUUCCAUGAUUCAAUCGUUGCCAGCAAUCUUAAAGAUCCACGGCACCCAGCUCAAACCAAUCAUAGCCAUGUUUAAAUUGAGGCUGUAUCGAACAAUGCUUCUCUUACCACCCAAGGCAUUCGAAGGAUCCUUUAGUGCUAUAUUGAGAGAAAUCGUUGCGGAGUUCACGUUGGCUGACCACAAAGGAGCCACUACAACAUCAAUGCUGCAAUCAAUGUGUCACAAAGAUGACAGCAUUCUUCUGGGAACUUGGCUGCAGGACACUGACCAUAGAAAAGUAGAGGAACAGCUGCAGUCAAACAGUGCAUCUGGAUCAGGAGCCUUGGAACAUGAUCAGCUUUGCAUCUACGAAAAAGUCGGAAAUGACGAGGAUGUUCCAGGACCUUUGCCUCUUGGUGUUGCAGUUAUCGAUGCUUCAAUUCGGCUAUUUGGCCAGAUGUUUCCGCAUAUUUCAAACAAGCAUCGCGGCCAGUUGAUGGAUCACUUCAACGAAUGCAUCAGCAAAAAUAAAGGACCUCGACAACAGGCGAUACAAGUUAACAUAUUUACGGCAUUUCUCGCGGCUUUGAAGAAUAUAGCGGAAGUGAAAGCAACAUUUGGAGAUGAAAGUCUACGAAAUUCAGCCAAUUCAUUAGUGCAAGAAGCCCUCAUGAAUGCGGAGCCCACGCUACGCUGCGCAGGAGGGGAGGCAUUGGGACGGAUGGCACAGGUCGUCAAUGACUCAAGUUUCGUUGCCCAGAUGGCCUUGCUCAGUUUUGAGAAGGCAAAAGCGGCACGUGACGGUGUGCCUCGAUCCGGGCAUUCCUUGGCGUUAGGAUGCCUACACCGUUAUGUUGGUGGUAUGGGAUCUGGACACCAUUUGAAUAAAAGCGUCGCAAUUCUGCUAGCUCUUGCGAAGGAUGAAAGCUCAUUCUUGGUUCAAGUAUGGGCUUUGCACGCUCUGACAUUGAUCGCCGAUUCCGGUGGCCCAAUGUUUCGCCAGUGUUUGGAGCCAACGAUGUCUGGUGUCCUGGAACUGAUUUUGAAAAACCCAUCCUCGUCAACUGAAAUUCACCAAUGUUUAGGGAAAUGCAUUGGGGCUCUUAUUACUUCCAUCGGUCCAGAGUUACAAGAUACAUCAAAGAGCAUUCAGAGACUCCGUAUGUUUUGCAUGACUGCUUGUUCUGUAAUGCAAAAUAACCCAGACGCUCUGGUACAGGCAGAGGCAAUAUACUGCCUACAACAACUGCAUAUUUUCGCUCCGGACUUUCUCAAUCUGAGUAUAUUUAUUCCGCAACUUUGUAAAACACUGUUUAGUAAGCAUUUGUUGCUUCGCCGUGCCAGUGUAGCCUGCUUACGUCAGCUUGCUCAAAGAGAGGCCAAAGAGGUUUGUGAACAUGGUUUACUCGAAGUUAAACGUUGGACAAAUAUUAAGAAGAAGAUGUUUAUGGGAGAGGAAAGUCUAGAGGGUUUGCUGUUUACUUUGUUCGACUCUGAAGUGGACCCAAGACUGAGAGCGGAUAUUAAAGAGAGCAUUGUCAGCUUACUGCAGCUCCUAUCCUCUGAUAAUCUACAACAUUGGCUAAGCAUGUGUAAGCAGGUUUUGCUUGCAUCAAAGGCAGAAGCAGACAAGCCACUUGCAAAGAGAGAAGCAAAAGGACGAAACGAAGAACAGGAAGACGAAGAUGAGGCGGGUGGCCUAAACCUCAAUGCUAGUAGCCAAGACAAGCAAACUGUGACACCAAAAUGGCCUACAAGGGUAUUCGCUAUGGAAUGUAUUCGAAUGAUCAUUGAAACGUGCAAGCAAAUCCCGGCACAUCUGGAUCUUUCACUUGCCAGGCAAAAAGAACAAAUUUCAAAUCAGCAGGGUGAAUUCUUGGUCAUGCAUUUGUCUGAGCUGGUGAGGAUGGCAUUUAUUGCUGGCACUUCAAACAACGACCAGCUGAAGCUCGAAGGCAUCAAGGCAUUAUUGGAUGUUGUUCAGCUUUUUGCAAAGUCCGAAGAUCCUGACAUUCCAGGCCACGUGAUCCUAGAACAAUUUCAGGCUCAGGUCGGUACUGCUUUAAAGCCAGCAUUCACUCCAUCAACACCACCGAACAUUAUUGCAAUGGCAUGCGAAGUUUGCAGUGAGUGGAUUGGAAGUGGAAUAUCUCGUGACAUCAACGACGUCAGACGCAUUCAACAGAUGCUUACGUCAUCUUUGGCAAAAAUCAGCUCACAAGAAACGAGAACGGACCAAAUUUACAGCGAGAGCUCUUACACUUUAGAAAGUCUUGCAGUCUUGAAAGCAUGGGCAAAAAUUUACAUCAUGGCAAAGCAACACGAAGAGGCACCGCCAAAGGCAGAAGAUGAGCUAGAUGGCCCAUCAUCUGGAGGACAAUUGCUUGAACUGGUGGAGAAGGACCUCCGGCUACUUGCCAAGCACUGGAUAGAGGUUUUAAGAGAUUAUGCAUACCUUAUGUUGCCAAAGCAAUACCAUUCACAGCUGCCAAGUGACGGAGGAACUUUUUACAGACAAGAAACGAUCGAAGAAGUUCGACCUCAUUACCGCAAUGCUUGGCCCUCUAUAGCGCAUGCCUUUACUCUAUGGUUGACAAGUCACGGUUUUCCGAAUCCAGAAGAAACUGUCCUUGGGGCUGCUGAUGAGGUGCCACCUCCUUCAAAUUCCGACCCAUCGACCAUGUUUGACUCUCCAAAAUGUCCUGAAGACAUCAACAAAGACAGAUAUAAUCUGAUAUCUGGAGUUUGCCUUGAAGCCCUGUGCUCUCAAUUUGUGAUGUAUUCAGAUGAAGACUUUCGUUACUGUUUGUGCACAGUGCAGUCGCUACUCGAAACGGCCUUUGGCAGACAACGUUUGACCCAGCAAAAGGCUUUAUCAACGGAGCUUCUGGUCAUAAUUUAUCGAAUUCUGUUAAGUAAAGAUGACCCAGAAACCGAACAGCGUGUACUUAACAUAACGAAGCAGGUAUCAAAAGCCGCGUUGGAAUUGAUUGAGAAAACACGGAAAGAUGAUAAUGACACUGCUGAAAAUGAGAUCGUGCAAGGUGCCAGCGUUGUGUUUUCAUUUUUGGAAGUUUCGCUGCUUGUUGUAUCAAAAUAUGCACCAGAUAUGAUUCCUGCUGCUACCAAGAAGCCAAAAAUGCAUUCCUCAAGAAAAACCAGUUUCCCUUCUUGUGGGCCAGCAGAACUGCUUUCUCAAGUGUCCGUUCUUCUGGCUGAUAUUCCAAACAUCUGCACUCCAACUGCAAGCAUUGAAUGUCUACCAAGUGUGUUGUAUUUACUUAACGGAAUUAUCAAGUACCAUUGCAAGAGUGUAAAGUCUCAAGAAAUGGGAGAAAGAGAGUCGUUUCAAAGGGUCAUCCAGAGUGUUAGGAGCGUUCUGACUUCACCCUUCUUAAGCAAUGAUGACGUCAAAGCUGACUGGGUCAAACUUUUACGAAGUUUUCUGGUUUCUUUACUCGAUGCUGCAGAGCAACCUCUGGAAUUUGAUCGAGAGAAAAUGCUUGUUGUUUUAUCAAUUUUCCUGUUAACUGGCAGAAAGGAUGUCGUGGAGCCCCUCGAAAUAUUAAACAGAAUAAUUCAACUUUUCGUUCAAUUUAUCCAAGACAAAGAUCCUAAGCUCAACCUCAAUGCAGUGAGAAUUCUUGGAUCAAUCAUAAAAUCUACAGAUACAUCUAUUUCCUAUAAUUUCAUUCAUGGAUGCAUCCCUCAAAUAAUUGAUAAAGUUGAAAGUCAAGUAUCCAUAAAUUCAGAUUUGGAAUUCAAUUUCUGCAUUGAAGUAUUCAAUUUGCUGGAAACAUUGGUUGGCAUGGCACCGGAGCAUUCACGUACCAAUGCAAUGCUACUUCUAAUUUCCUGCCUUACACAAGUUCUUAUAGAUGAAUCAAAACAGAUAAAAUCAACAAAAUUUUCUCAUCAACUUCAUCAGCAUUCACUGGAACGGUUGAAAAAGAUAGGACCUUUGUAUCCCUUGGCAUUUAAGGGUGCAAUUGAGAAAUCACCAGAAAUAAGGACUAAGCUGGAAGCGGCUUUGAAGGCUGACAAAGAAAAAGUUAAAAGACAGCAAGAUUUGAAAUCCUCUUCUUCCUUAUCCUCACAACCAAAAAUUCAACUAAAGAUGAAUUUCAGUAAUUUUAAGUAAAGAUAUUUAUGUGAAUAUUAAGCAUCAUUUAAAUGUAUAGUAGAUCAUUGCUAAUUUCAACUCGUCCAAAAGGUGAAAUGAAUAAUGCAAAAUUACAUUGUGCAUAGGAAAGUGACAGAAUAGCAUGGGCUAACUUAUGUUUGGGGUUUGGACUCCAAAUUCUUUCUUGAAAAAGACCAAAGAAAACAUUUUAUUUACUAAGAGGCCUGUUUUAUUCAGUACUUGUUUUAAAGAGAACCAACAGGCUUAUAUCUUGGUAAUCUUAAAAUAGUUAAGAUAUUUAAUUCACUUUUGCAAAUAAAUGGAGCUGUAAAUAAUUGUACGAAAUGUCUUAUAACAGAAUAGUUCCAUUAUGAUUUGUUGCCUGUUUAUAAACAUGGAUUUAUCGAUUUUUAUUUUGUUGAUGCUCCUAUCAUUCGUUAAACUAUUUUCAGUAUCAUCAUUUUGGGAUAAUUUAAACAUUAAUAUCUAUUCUUGUAACUCUCUAGAUGAGAUAUACAAAUUCAUUUAAACUCCACAAAAGAAAAACAAUUGAAAAAAGCUUUGGAGGAGCUCCUUUCUUUUAUCUUUUUCCUGUUGAUGUGACAAUAUACUGGGUACAUUUUGAAAAGGUUAUUUUCUUUUUAUUUCUUUUUUAUUUCUUUCAAUGGAUUCUUUUUAUCCACAAGAUGGCCAUCGUAAAUUUUCCAUUUCACUUGUAUUGCCACCACAAAAUAUAACCACCCGUCAUUUCCUUUGCACUGGUUGUGAUGUACUAAGGAUGCUUGUUAAAAGGUAUGUAUUUUUGUACUGAAAAGGUCCUGUUCAGCAUGUUAUGUUUCAAAUAUUUGAAAAUGUAUGAUCAUCUGUAUAUUUGGUGGUUAUGGUACAUUUGGCUAAACAUUUGUGCCCCUUUUUAUCAUCAAUUUGAAAUAAAAUUUUCAAGUUAUCAUGUAGCAGACAUACGAAAGCCUGAUAGAAUUUUGAUUAAAGAGUGCUAAUAAUGGUAAAUGUUCAAUUAUGAGCAUGGGUACAAUAAAUUUAGAUACAAAAGCUUUCUGUAUGACAAUUUGCAUUUCAGAUUUCACUGAUGUUUUAAUUUUUACUAAGUUUCAAUUGAAUUUUUGUUAUACUUGAGUUCAUAGUACUUUCCUUUUUAGUUCUACUAAACAAUGAUUUUUCUAGUGGCUGUCUGUAUUUUUGAAUUGUCUUGCAAUGCUUACACUAACACACAAACACUGGUGAGCUUCACUCCGUCCUGCCAAAAGGGGCAACUAGGGUGCCAACAUCAACCUUGAAGAUAUCCUCAACAAUUGCCCAAAGCACACUUGGUGUCUUGGCCAUACUGAUAACUAAACUCAAACAAUUUUUGGUUGGUCAUUGUCACUUCCUUUUGAAUUUGAGUAUUUUGUUAGAAGUUCAACUGUCUUGUCAAUUUCCUUCCUUUGUUUCCAGUUUAAAUAUCUACAUAACUGCCUGUAGAAAGAAAAAAACAGAUAUCUAAAGCAAAUAUAUAUAGUUACAUUAUGUUAAAAAAACAGGAUAUAUGAUCAACUGAAAAAGUAUUGAAGGUACACCCACAAGAUUGUUCUUUUUAUCAGAACUCUAUUUCUGAAAAGGAGGUAAAAGUAAAGAACGCUUGACAAUUGAGAGAAGAUGUAAUUUAUGUAAUUGUUGGUCAUACCAGCUGCCAAUUGAAACUAAAGCAAAUGAAGCUACAGCGUAAUCACAUGACCGUCUGAUGUGCUCUGCAAAUAAUGAAAUGGUUUCCUAAGUAUAAAAUGAUUAAUAAAUACACCUUGAGAAAUACUACACUCUACCAAUAUGUUUCACCAUAUCAGUGCCUUUUUGGUGGUUGUUCUGGUUGAUAGAAAAUACAUCAUGGCUAUACAUAGAUAUAUAAAAAAGUACUAAUUUAUCUAAUAAAAGGAUUGGACAUAACAUCAUUAAUCCUAAUCGUUAAUGUCUUAUGGUUGGUUAGCAUGGUGUUCAAAAAUUGUUUCUGAAAUACAGUUAGAACACUUACAAUAUGGCAUAUUUCUGUACUUGUCUGGUAAAUAAUACCUCUUAAAAUGUAUUUAAGAUUUUCUUCAAUGUAUUUUUAAGCAGUACGAAAGUUGAUGCGGGAUCACAUCAAUAGAUCAGGUCAAUAAUUUCAUGCAUGAUCCAGUUAGGAUCAUCUUGUAUAGAGUGGCAGAAUUUGCCUAGAUCAUUUUAAUUUUAAUUAAAGUAAAUAAAACAAAUUGUUUUUGGCAAAGCCCCUAUUGGUAAAGGAACAUCAUGCUUCUAAGAAAAGUGUCACAGGUGUGUCUUAUUCAGAAAAAAAGAAUGUUAAUGCAAGCUCUAAAAAAUUGAAAUUAUUUACUUGAAUACAUAUAUUUUGAUGUCCCAACUGUCAUUCCUCCAACCAAUCCAUAAAGUAACGAAUUUCUAGCACAUGGUGUAUUCUCUAUGAAAUCUUUCAGAUAAGCAAUCUUGAAAAAGAGCAGAAAAGGACCUCACAAGAACAUCAGUGAUUGUGCAUGCUUUCCAGUGGAGAUGAAAUUAAUUAGAAUACACCAGUAAUAAUUGAAGAAGUAAUUUUCAUAUUUGAUUCUCUUUUGACAGGUGUUCCAAUUCACAAUCAUUCAUUUUUGCCAACUUAAUUUCACAUAAACUGACAGGUCACAUAAUCUUGAUUUUUCUGUUCAUUUUCUAGCCCAAGCCACAUUCCCAUCUAAAGGCUUCAACUAGUACCAGUGUUGAGAGUGGAUCCAUGUAUUCUUAGGCGGAGAACUGCUUAGAAAAUCACUUGGCCACAUUAAGAAUUUUGGAAUCCUCUUGGUUCUCCGAAUGGCUGCAGUCUGAUGAUGUAAAGUUUUCCUUACAUUCGUGUAGUCUUAAAACAUCGUUUGAUUUCUUUAAAUGUAUAUUUCAAAACAAGAUUGGGUCUAUCAAUAUCUGCCAGAUGUGCUAAAUCAUUGAAUCUGAGUAAGUUCACCAUGAACAUCAUGAAAACCUGAGUUAGUUUUUAAUCAUGUAACUUUGUAACUGCUGUUGCGGUGACAGUUUUUUGCUACUUGAAUUGCAAUUACGAAAAUAAGACAUACAAGGUCUCGAUCUCUACUGAAUAUACUCACAAUAGUUUAACAAGGCUUUUUACAGGAGAAGAGAACAAUUAUUACCUGAUCUCGACAGCUUGACCCAACGUAGUUAAGCCAUUACAAUGAUUUUUUCACAGACAUCUACUAGGACAGAGCAAGGCUCGCUUCUUUAUUCAAACAUUUACUUCCAGAAAGUUAUCUUGGUUAUUAAUAUGUUUAUUAGAGCUAGUUCUCGUAAAUAAUGGAUUUGAGAUUAUUCUGUAAUGAGUCUGUCCUGUUUUUGUAUUCCGGCUGUCGUUGAUUUCUAGAUAUUUUUUACAUGUUAUUUGAAUCUAUCGUAGAAAUUGAAAUGCAAGUAUCCAGAUAGAACUUAUUUACUGUGUUCUGACUUGUGUUAUGUAAGUAAAUUACCAGGGAUCUAUUUCUUAACAAGAGAAGCAAGAAGAGGCUCUUGAGAUAUUCAAGACUGCUGACGUCAAAGGAAAGCAUACUCUCUACGUAACUGUCGCUUUUAAGAGGGCGCUGACAAGUGUUUUCAAAAACUUGAAAGUUUCACAAUAUCAGUUCAGGACAAAGAAAGGAAUGAAGACAAAUUCUACCUGUUUUGGAUGUAGUAAAAGAAAGUUAAAUGCGAGUGAAUUCAGUGAUAUUGGACAACUGCUGUUGGUUUGGCCGGCUUCUGCUGCAACUGAAAUGAAAAAAACAUUGGCGUAAGAUAACGGCUUCAGGAGAGGACCCUCGUCACGAAAUCCUUCAUCUGAAGAAAAAUGCUCAUCUUUUUUGGAAUAGUUGUACUAUACCAUGUGAGCAUAGCUCGAAGCUUUCUAAUAUAUCUUUUUACCUUGUCUUCGUUGUACGUUGAGGAAUUAUUAACCGAUUUUUUCAUUUGAAGGUCAAAUUUGUUUAGUUGAUAUCAUUUUUUAGCUAAAUAUACUCUUUUUAGCGAAAAUGAUGACCAUAUUUGGAUGAUAUUGCUAAGAAAGUUGAUAGAGUGUAAGGACAUUUGGAUAUUUCUUGAACUGACGAAACAAACAUCUCAAAAGAAUACCUUUGAGCUGGAGGAUUCAUUAGAUGUUGCCACCCACAUUCGUUUGUUGAAGGAAAUUAAAGCAGCAGCUCGAGGACUGGUUCAGUUGGAGCAAAUAUUCACGUUAUUUCGAAGCUGAUAGCAAAAGUCAACGCUGUGCUAGAAGGCCAGAAUCAAUUGGGGGAAAUGUUCACGAAAUAUACCACUAAAAUAUCAUAGGAAGAUGACCAGAAGAAGGAAGAAUCUAAAUUGAUCUUAAAGUACUCUUUGACGAAAGCCUCUGACUUGGCCUGUAAGUCGAUUAUGCAUGCUUAGACCGAAAGUUGCUUAGAAAGUUCAUUUGGUCACAUUCAAAAUUCAGAAGCUGCUUGGUUUUUCGAAUGGCUGCAGUCUGAUGACGCAGUAGACAUUUUUCGAAGAUAAUGGUGAUGACCAUCCUUGAGCACUUGAGGAGCGAACCGAUAGAGUACAAGAACAUUUAAGGAUUUCUUGAUCUGAUGGGGCAGUCAUCUCAAAAGACUGCUUUUGGAAUCAAGGUAAAGAUAUUGUAUGACUAUUUUUGUAAAUAUAAUCUUUAUCAUCAUUAUUUCUACAACGGAAUCCCAGUGUCCAAUUUUGAAGCAGUUAAUUUUCGGUAGAAUAUCAGUGUCCAAUUUUGAAGCAGUUAAUUUUCGUCAUUGUAGACUAUCCUCCACAGUGGCCCAUUUUGACAGAAGUUCUUCUACAGUGAGCCAAUUUGACAAAUGCUCUUUUCCAAAGGUCUGUUUUGAAGAACAUUCUUCUCUAGACCCCCGUGUUGACGAACGAUCUUCGCCAUAAGCCCAUUUGAUGGACGUUCUUCUCCCGAGACCUAGUUCUUUUAGUGUUACGGUAUUUUAUAUAAUAAUAAAUACUUUGACAAGAUUUACACUUCAACGAGACUGCUGUUUUUAAUGUGUCUUCUGUACCCUAUGCAGUUAAAUUUACAGUUAAAAAUUAAUCUCAUAAAAGUAAUUAUCUAAAACACAUAAAAAGCGUAUUAGUCUUAUCUUUUAAUCUAUAUUAAUAGUUCCGGAUAAAAUUGCCGAAUAAAUGAUCGUUUCUUGAUCACAUCUUAGUUACAAGAUACACUGCUUGCCUAUGGAUUUAUAGUUGGGGCUUUGAAGAUGGAUUUGAUGGCUCGCUGAAAACAUUUAUUGUUUUAAUUCUUUAGAUAUCUAUAUAUUAAUUUAUCUUACGAGAUUUCCCCUGAUUUUACUAAGUUGUCGUUUUUUACAAAGAGCCCCACCUUUUGCUAAACUGUCGGUUUAAACACAGUUUUUGGCACUCUUUCGGUAAAUUUUGUCAUUUAUCGGCAAAUUUGCUUGUUUUGUGAGAUUUUGCCUCCCCCCACCCCUCUGAAAAAUUAGUUCCCCCCUCUGAUGAAAGGUACUCUAAGAUCUAGAGGCGGAACCUAAUUAAAAUUUUGUAGAUUAUAUCUUGAGUAAACCAAAAGACGAAAUUUUGUUUAGUAACAUUUUUAGACUGCUGUUACUAAAAAAGGGAUAGUACUUCAGGGACUGAACUUCAAAGCAAACAGGUCUGCAAAAAGCUUUAUUGAUUACAGCUGUCGCUAUCAAUUUUUUUAAAAUGUUAAAGUUCGUUCCAGAAAUAACAUGUAACCUAAAUGUCUAGAUUAUUAAACAGAGCAAAAUUUAUGCGCACGGACUUCGGUUUUAUUUAAGACCGUUGUUCUUUGAGCACGAUUUGAACGGACAGUUGUUCAAGGCUUAGGCCUGUAGCCCAGAUCUUUUUUGAAGGGCUCGCUAGCUUUUCGAAAUUUGGCUUGUUUUAGGGAAGCAAUGAUUCUAAGCAUUCUGAAAGUGUUUUCAAACUUUUCUUUCAAAGAUAUUAAUCUUUUUGCUGCACACAAAGGAUUACGAAACAUUGAGAAUCGACUCUCCUUCAAUUGAACACAGUUUUGUGAUUUGAAUAAUUUUCGUAUACUUCUCCGUAUUCUUUUUUAAUGUCAUGCUAAUUUUAAUAUCCCAUUGCUUAACAGAAACCUAGAAUGUCCUUGUAUUGACGAACGUAUUAGCAAAAAGUCAGAUAUAUAAUAAAAUUUGUGUUUUGCCAUCAUCUAAAACCUGGGUUUCCACUUGGUAUUAAUUUAGCCUCCAUAGAGAUCUCGGUUAGAAUCAUUUUUGGAAUAGACUUUGAGUUAAUUGUGAAUUGCCACAGGACUGUAAUGAAAUUUAAUGCCCUCUGUGGUAUUGUUCACGAACUGUAGUUUCGUAGUUAUGUAUUUUAAAUUUCAGUUGGUAUAAAAAAUUGAUCAUUUGUAGUUUUAUCAGAUUGAGGAAGCAAUGGAAGACUUCUUUUACAUCCUUGAUGAGAAACGCCCAAAUGGGACACACUCUUUGGCUACGUCUACCUCCUUACGAAACGAUGGCACAGCAAAAACAAAGGUUGCAAAGUUGGAUAUUCAAAGAAUUCUACAGGGUUUAGCAAACCUUAUGGCCUAGCUUGAAACAAAUGAUGUAAAGCAUGAUAAAGUGAUUCUUUAUUCUUGUCAGUGCAGAUAUAAAAACAAUUGAUGGACUCCUAAGGGAUUUCUUGGCACAACACUGAUAAAUCAGGGCUUGGGCAACUAUAAGAAAACGUGGGUCCAGGGAAUAUAAUCAUGCAACGUCCUUAGACAAUUCCCAAAUGUGGAAUUUUUGUACACCCGUUCUUUGGACCCCACAAACAAAGCCUGAAAAAUCAAGAAAUCUUAUAGUUCCACAUCACCUAAUAUAUACAGUUCAUCUGAAAAUCACAUUUAGAACAUUGGCUAAUCUACGCGAAAUCUUCAGGAAACACCUCUAGUAAAUAACCUUUAGUGAGGCUUCUGUCUUUGAAAAUGCGCAACAGCUCUUGGGCAUUGAGCAGCUGUGAAGGAGAUCAUCAUUGGCGGGUAAUUUGAAUGAAUUUUGGCGGAAAUGGCUGGUGAAUGCACAGGAGACUUUUGUUUCUGAAUAUGGCGGGAAUUUAGUCCAAAUUUGCAUAUGCCUAUAAAUACCUGGUUUCUUUGCUAUUCAAUUAGUUGGCACAAAAGAGUAGAGAUGAGGUGCUGGUGCAAAACACUCAUGUCUUCAUCUUGGCCUACAACGGCAUGUAAACCUAGGAUAAUGGAGCGAGCACAAAACAUCGACAAAUGAAGUUAAAAGGGCUGCUUGGCUGCGACGUCAAGUAUGGCUGUUGAAAAGUACAGAUGACUCUUUGGUGUCAGUUAAAGGUGAAAGAAAAGCUAAUUGGCCCUCAGUGUAACCAUUGGCAACAAAUCUGCAAGUUCAACAUGUCAAGUGUGGUGAAUUCUUGUGAGCUAGAGAACAGUAAGCUCAACAUGUCAAGUGUGGUGAAUUCUUGUGAGCUAGAGAACAGUAAGCAGAAGACAAGAAACUGGUGUCAAUUAAAGGUCAAAUAGAAGCUAAUUGGUAUGCUUUCUUUGAUAAUUAUUUGCAGUUUAAAUUAGACAUCAAAUUUAGAGAUUUUUAAUAUCUUUCAAUAGAAUUUGUGUUCAUGCUAUUUAAAAGUUAAAGGAAGUCUGUCCCUUCAAUGAUUGGCUAAUAUGAACAAUAGAUCUUCCCGGAUAAUGGAUUACGAUGCUUGCUUUGGCUGGCCUAGCUGCGGUAGUUGACGACACAUGAAACUGUGAGCUAAAAGCUAUCGGUAGUGGCAAGAAGAUUUAAUCACUGGAAUUAAAUGAUGAUAAUGGAAGCAAUUCCCUUUUGUUAUUGACACAUUUGUUGCAGAAACCAAACAGGGAGCCAUAUUUUACUAGCCACAGCUUCACUACAAUGGGAACACAGCCAUUUGAUUCAAAAGCUCUGGAAUCAAAGUUGUCUCUGAUUGGUUUAAAUCUAUUAAUUAUCGAUAAAGCUCAAUGUUGCAUGAAUUUCACUCCCAUGAAAAUAAAGUUGAGCACAAUAGGGGACAGACUGCCUUUAAGUUGCAAAUAAAGACAAAUCUUUCAAAAUUUUCUAGCUAAUUUGCAUUCUGCGACCAUAUUUUAGGCAAUUUAUUUGCAUUUUGUUUUGUUCUGUUUUUUAUUUUCAAUGUUAUCCAUUUUUCAUUAUUUUAUACUUCAUAAUUGUACUUCAUUUUAUAUUUCAUUUAUAUUUAAUUUCUAUAAAUUAAAAAUGAUAUGUUUGAAGAAUACUCUAUAUGCCUUUUCAUUUGUUGUCAUUUACAUCAUUUUUCAAAUUGAUGAUUUUUUCAAAUAGACUAUUUUAGUUCAGUUUAAAAUUUAACAAAGUUUUGGACAAAAAUGAGCUCUUUUCUUUGGUUCAUAUUCAAAUUUUAAACACCAAUGACCUCUUUUUGAUCCUUAAAAUUUGGAGUCUGGAUAUCGCAAAGUCCUGCUAUGUCAAACAAUUUUUUCAUUUUCCUUUGCAAGGAAGCGGUAAUAGCAAGAUAGCGGGACUCAACGACUGUUGUAUAGAUCCAUUCUUGAGACAAUCCUUCUUCAAGCAAGAAACACUGCUACUCCAGAAUUUGAUGUUUAUUUUGAAAGAUCUUUAAUUGAAUUAGAGCAAGGAUAUGUUUAUUUUUGAUGCUGCACUGCAAAUUUUUAUCCUGGUGAUGAAUAUAAUUAGAAAUGCACAUUUUUUGUGCCAGGUCUCUGCAGAUUUUUUGAGUCUGGAAAUAACUUUCUUUCCUUUGUUUUUUGUUUCAAGAUCAUUAUGUCAAGUUUCGAGCAAGAUGUUACUAAGGGCUAGAAUUUAAGAUGUCUUGGAAUUUAAUGAACAAGGUGCCACCAAGGGUAAACUGCUUGAUGUCAAUAAACAAUCUACUGUUUGUGAAAAACACCGGCAAGAAGUGCAAAGAAUAACAUGCUGCUUGUCUAGAAACAAUCAACUGUUGUUUGUGAAAGUCACCAGCAAAGGAUACAAAGAUUUUGGCGAAAAGAAGAGCAAAUACGACGAAGAAGCAACCCAGUCAAUCAAACGAAGAUGAUGCCAAAUGUUUUCUGCAUAUUUCAUUAAGACUUAACAGCCUUUUGGCUGUAGUCAUUUAGAAACUAGAAAUUCAUCAUCAUGAACCGUGGUCCACAUGUAGAAAAGCAAAGAAUCGUUAAUCGGACGGAAACCUCUCAAAUCGCUAGCCAGUUUCAGAAAACAUGUCCAGUGUACAGAAACAGGCUUUAAGAUUUGGAAGAAAGAGCAGAAAUUUGAAGAAGCAGAAAGACACUUUGGUUCCACUGCCGUUUUACAAAGAAAAAGGAGCAGCAAAAGCGAAACACCACUACAUCAAGACUAUUAAGCUAUUUUCCAGACCACUGCCGUUUUGCAAAGAAAAAGGAGCAGCAAAAGCGAAACACCACUACAUAAAGACUAUUAAGCGAUUUUCCAGACCACUGCCGUUUUGCAAAGAAAAAGGAGCAGCAAAAGCGAAACACCACUACAUCCAGACCACUAAGCGAUUUUUCCAGACCACUACAUCCAGACCAGCCAGACCACUACAUCCAGAUCAGGAACAAGAGCCACUAACAGCAUUUCAGGCACAUGUAAUUUGCGUAAAGUUGGAUAUCUCAUAUAAUAUCUCCCUAAGAUAGGGACACCUCAUAAUUAUACUUAGAUUAUUCAGAUUAUUCAGAUUAGAUUAUUCAGGUUCUUCAAAAGAGCUGUUCACUGAGCCCAAUUAUAUAUUUUAUUGCUGUUAUCAAUAAAUUGUUUUGACUCAACACGCAAA